GUUUACCUCCGUUGUACCGAGAUGGCGGAUAAGGCAGUAACCGAGAAUGAGUGUGUUGAGUUGCUAAAUCGAUAUUUAACAUUUGAUGGUGAUGAAUUUCGAUGGACAGGCACUCAUAAUCAAUUAAAAAGAUAUUUUGAUGAAGAUCUGAAGCUUUCUGGCAAUUGGACUUCCCCAAGUGGCGGAGUGUGGCUAUUUUCAACCGACGAAUUUCAAGUCAAAUGGCAGAAGUCCAUGAAGCUGGUCAUCGUUCGAGAUAACUCAGGUAAGUUUAUGUUAAAUUGUCUUAUGAAGUCAAGAAUGGUGAAUAAUUCUAGAUCAAACCAGCCUAUUAGCCCUGUCGUCGUUUUAAACGACGUUUAUGCCGACGUCACCUCUGCUACUGGCGAUAAUAAUGUCAAUGAAGUCAACAAUUACUCAAAUGCGUUUGAAAUGUCUGUUAAUAACAAACUGGAGAAUAUUCUCAAAGUUCUGUCUGAGUUUAAAUAUAUUGAUGCUAAUCUGCAAGAAGAAAACACGACUAUGAAGAGAAGCUUUGAAGAUUUAACACAUAGACAUGAAAAUCUAAUGUCUGUCUCUUCGGAUUUAAACCAAAGAGUUAAAGACCUUGAAACAAACCUGUUAACAGCUAUUAAACUCAUCUAUUGUGAGAGAAGCAAUAGUGAGAAUUGUGUUACGGCAGGACCGCCAGAAAAUCUUUCCAGUAAGUCUACUGCUGACGCCUCCGCUUCCACAUGCAUAUGCGAUGCUCAAAUCCAAGUAAUAGAUUUGGAGAAAAGUGGGGAAAGUGAAAAGGUUAAGCCUAAGCUGAAUGAGGGUAACCCCAAUGCUAAACGCGGUAGAAAUAUCAAAGGUCGGAAAAAUCCUUCGACUAAUGUUAAUCAGCAAAGUGAGAAUUCCCAUGGUAAUUGUCCUGACAAUCAGGGGCGCAAUUAG